AUGAAGUGAACUGAUCCUAGUACAGCCCUUUAUGCAAAUCCUGGCGCAUUCCAUCGCUGUGAUUGGUCGAACGAGCGUCACGAGACGCGGCACGGUAGAACUUUGCACUGCUGAGCUCGUGCGGUCUGUGAAAAUGAGUGAGUCUUUAGUUGUGUGUGAGGUGGAUGAAGACCUGGUGAAAAAGUUGCGGGAUUUCCGCUUCAGGAAGGAGACUAAUAAUGCCGCCAUCAUCAUGAAGAUUGAUAAAGACAAACAGCUGGUGAUUCUGGAGGAGGAGCAUGAGGAUAUUUCUCCUGAAGACCUGAAGAACGAGCUACCAGAAAGACAGCCUAGAUUUGUAGUCUACAGCUAUAAGUACCAGCACGAUGAUGGGAGGGUGUCCUACCCUCUGUGUUUUAUUUUCUCCAGUCCUGUUGGAUGCAAACCUGAGCAGCAGAUGAUGUAUGCUGGCAGCAAAAACAAACUGGUACAGACGGUUGAACUGACCAAGGUGUUUGAGAUCAGGAACACCGAAGACCUGACAGAGGAGUGGCUCAGAGAGAAACUGGGCUUCUUCCGCUAAGAAUGGCCCGAACAAGCUAAUACUCGUGCUUAAAGAGUGACCGAGAUGGGACCAUCACCUCCAAAUGGAGAGAAUACCAUAGUCCAUCUGAUACUGUCUGUUUGUGUAUGUUUGAAUGCUUCUGCCCAAACUCUAAACCCGCCUGUACCAGUUUAAGAUGACAGAAAUUUGAGGUACAAAGAAAAGAAAACGUGAAAGCAAAUUCCACAAGUGCUCUGAACUAUUCCUUGGAUUUUUAGAACCAUUCCGUUCUCGUCCCUGAGCAGUAACGUAUGUACUGGCCUGCAAAGGUGGUCCAGUCUUACUGCCAUGAUAGUUGGGUGACAUGUUGCGAUUUUAGGCAAUCUUAUGUCAGCUGUCCUUCAUGAUAGAUGACACGGCAACAGAUUUAAACAUUUUAAAACUCUAUCAUGUGGUUUGUUUUACCAGUUUUGGUGUAAAAUCACAUAAGUCUUCAUGUAAAGCCCUGAUCACAUCUUUUCUUCCUUUGUAAUGCAUUUUUCUACCUGUAAUUUGACCAAACAUGAAUUGUUUUGUUUUGAUAUCUGUUGAACUGUAAUGGUAGGUGAAGAGGUCAGAAGUCUUACUGAUAUUUUUGGGAGAAAGCGUUUGGUUACUGUUUCUGGCCUGUUGUCUUGAGUGUCAUAAAUUCAAUCUUUUUUGCCUUUUUAAAUCUGCGCUCCCAGCCUGAUAAACAAAUCUCCACUAAAGAUCAAGAAUCUGUGAGGACAAUUGGGUGAAAGUUCUGGGACUAAUUUUUCUUGAUUUGGUGUUUUUGGGAGAGGUGAUAUAGUAUUUGUCACCCAGACGUCCUUAAUCACAGAUCUGUCCUACCUUUUUGGAAAUGUGCAGGUUUAGGUGUACAGUGGCAGAGAUGUGCUAUGGUGUUAUUCUGCCACAGGCAAUCAUCUCGUAAUUAAUUCCUCUGUUAGUUAUUCUAAAUGACUCUUUCUCAUUGUCCAACUAAACGCUGGAAUAAAGCUGAUGUCACUAUUAAGUUUAUGCAAAGCAUCGCUUUUCCCAUUAAAAAAAACAAAAACAAUCUUUUUAUUGGCAAAAUGUAAACAGGAAAUUUCUUAAAUGUUCAAAGCUUAACAGAAUACUAUGAAUAGUUUAAGGAAGUGAUGUUAUUAUGGUUUUGAUAAGUAAUACCUCUGCAGAUCUCAAGUCUUUCUGAAUUUGUGAGCUCUAAUGUGGGUCAGGCUCAUCUCUGUACAUCUGUAGAACCCGUAACACCUGUGAUUAGUCCCGUUUCCAAUUAAACACUGAUUGCUCACUUUGGUGGUUUAUAUGAUGUGGACAUCACAUGAUAUGUCCCAUACAGUAGUGAACUGUGCAUGUGUUAACAUUUAAUUUUUAAUGACUGAAGAUGCUUUUCCUGAUCAUUUAUAACUCAAGAUCUAUCUUGAAAGCAGAAAAAACGUUAACCUUUCAAUAUGUGUCUCAAUUACAUUUGUCUGCUGUUUUGAAUAAUUAAAUAGAAGGUUGUUUCCUUUGAAA